UUAGUUCACUCGCACAAUUUGUUGUGUAUGUCUCGGUUCCGUGUGAUUUAUCGUUUUUGUGAUGGGCUGGAGGUAUUACUGCGACUAUUGCGAUAAAACGUUUAAGGACGACUUGGAGGCACGCAAGAAGCAUCUCACCAGCUCCCUCCACAUCAAACUACGCAAGUUACACUAUGAACAGCACAGAGAUCCGCGCGCGAUCCUCGCCGACGAGUCGACGAAGACCUCCUGUCGAAGGUACAUUCAGCACGGCGAGUGCCAAUUCGCCGGCAACUGCAAGUACACGCAUUACAGCUCGGAGGACCUGUGGAAGCUGAAGCAGCGCAUCGCGAUGGAGGACUACGAGGCGGCGUGUCGCACGCAGGAGAUGCCCGAGGUGGCCACCUUAGAGUCGUGGGUCGAGAAGUACAAUCGAGAGCACAGCAAGACGAUUAAGACUCGGCCGGAUAGCGUCGAAGUCCACUGGUCGUAUCCGGAAUACUUGGAGUGUCGGACCGACUUGCCUCCCUCACUGAAGAAGUUUAAACCGAAGGACUUUAAAGACUGUCAGUUUGGGGAGUGGGGGGUUUAAUUUAGUGGUGGCAUCCUUGAUUAUUGUCAAUACUGCUGACUUUGUAUAUCUGUACAGUCUUUGUAUCUCAUUUUUAUUAUUGUUGCAUGUCUGCCAGUACCUCUGUACUGAUGUGAAGCAUAGCUUUUAUUAGCUAUUAAAUUAUCCAAAUCCUA